AGCGCCAGACCUCUUCUGGUGAAAAGAGUGUCUUGUCUUCUUGCAGGGGAUAUCAUCCGGCAUUUUACUUUUCUUCCUGCAACUACAUCAACAGUCGAAGCAAUAAAAUCAGAAAUGGGUGUGCAAGUAGUUACGCUAGCUGCCGGAGAUGAGGCUACGUACCCAAAGACCGGACAGGUUGCCGUAGUGCACUACACCGGAACGUUGGCCGAUGGAAAAGUGUUCGAUUCCUCCCGCACCCGUGGCAAACCGUUCCGGUUUACUGUUGGUCGCGGCGAGGUCAUCCGCGGAUGGGAUGAGGGUGUUGCCCAGAUGUCCGUUGGACAACGUGCCAAAUUGGUUUGCUCUCCGGAUUAUGCCUACGGCAGCCGUGGCCAUCCAGGUGUCAUCCCACCAAAUGCCACCCUUACCUUCGACGUUGAACUGUUGAGGGUUGAGUAAAUGUGCAGAUGAGAUAUCAUUUUAUCUAAAACAAUAGCAAAUACAGCAAUGAAUCAAGAAACCGGAAGGAAACAGCAACCAACAUACCACGAAAGGCGAAAAGUAAAAACCAUCAACACAAACAGGAAAUAAUGAAGCAAUCCUAGAAUCCAGGUCUGAUAAGGAAGCAUGGUAAUCAUCAGUUCUUUAAAUGUUAUUUAUGCGUCAAGCAUCAACCAACCUACAAUCGCUGUAUUCAACGAUCGAUAAUCAAGUCGUUUUGACGCGGUAAUCGUUCAUUGAGUUACACGCUCUCACAACAGGUUUUCAAACGACAUUCAACUAGCUAAACAAAUAAGCAAACAAUGCAUUUAUGUGUAGCGAUCUACUUCCAUUUUAUUCGGGCUGCCUCUUGGGAGCAGUUAUUCCUAUCUGGAAAUUCCAUCUACAAUCGUAGCUAAACAUUGCACUAAAACAGGAUUGAUGAUGUCCUAAAUAAUCUUUUUUGCUCAUCACAUAGAUUCGGGAGAUGAAUAUUAACUUUAGAAAAACCAAAACACUUUUAAAACCAACACAAACCUUCACGGAGUUAGUAGUUAUUGAACACGAUAAAAUACAGUUUUUGCUCCGGUAGCAAUUCGGAUAUAAUGUCGCAUAAGGAAAAUUAUUAAAAUAUUAUACAUCUAAAAGUUUAAUGGUGAAUCACAAAUUUAAACUCUGUGCUAUCAUGCAUCAGCAUUUAAUCAACUCGUAUUUAAAAACACUAAAAAGUACAUAUAUUCCAAAAAUAUCGAUAGCAUUCGAAUAAAUUUUAGCAACGCCAUUUAAACGUGAUCCCUUGGCAUGUUUCUCCUCACCGGAUUCUAAUCCAAGGUUCAGGACAUUUAUGAUUGAUAGCAGAUUGAACAAAAAAUAAUGGAGUCAACAUUCAUACUAUCUGAUACCACAAAUAAAUACAUUGAGAUGAACAAA